UUAAGUUAGAGAGAGAGAGAGAGAGAGAGAGAGAGCUCAGAAUGGCAGGCAUCGGGUUUUCUUCGGCCUUGUCUUCCACAAGAAGCUUUCGGACAUCUUGCUUGGUAUCCGAAACUCAUAUUGGAAGGACCAUGCCGGGGAAACUACUUCACCGGAAAAAUUUGAACAUUAAAGCAGAAGUGAGUUAUGUGAAUGCUGAAGAAGCAAAGAAACUAAUAUCAGUUGAGGAGUAUACAAUUCUGGAUGUGCGGGACAAAUCUCAAUAUGACAGAGCUCAUAUAAAAUCAUGUUAUCAUGUGCCUCUUUUUAUUGAAAACCAAGAUAAUGAUUUUGGAACAAUCCUAAAGAGGACAGUACACAACAAUUUUUCGGGGUUGUUCUUUGGGCUGCCAUUCACUAAACUCAACCCUGAUUUUGUGCAAUCUGUUAAGAGCCAAUUUUCGCCUGGAAGUAAACUCUUAUUAGUCUGUCAAGAGGGAUUGAGGUCUGCUGUUGCUGCAAAAGAGCUAGAACAAGCUGGUUUUCAAAACAUAGCAUGCAUAACAUCAGGCCUUCAAGCUGUGAAACCAGGAACAUUUGAUUCUGUUGGAACCACUGAAUUACAGGAUGCGGGCAAAGGCGGAUUGAUUACAGUUCAGGGAAAAAUCUCAGCUGUACUAGGAACUGUACUUGUCUGUGCAUAUCUAUUCAUUACCUUCUUCCCGGAGCAGGCAGAGAAGCUGUUCCAAAUUGCACCAGUGAGCUAGGCUUCAUUAAAAGCUAAAACUUUGCAGUACCACUCAAAUAGUUUUAAAAUGUGGGAGGAAAGUCUGUUAAUAUGUAUAAUGAUAGUAGAAAGCCAUUUUUAAUGCGUGGUUACUAUGCUUUCGAUGUAAAAAGUGCAAGCCCCUACUCAUUAUAUGCUGCUACUAACCAACCAUGUUUGUUAAAAUGGGGUAAUGAAAUCGCUUGAAUCUAUGCAUA